CAAUCACAGCCUCUUCCACUGAUCCACCUUUUUCCUCGACGCGCAGAAUAUCUUUUUUUUUUUUCUCUCUCUCUCUCUCUCUCUCUCUCGUAUAUGUAAAGACAAAACCAAAACCGUGGAUGUGUCUCUACAACCCACCAUUUCAAUCUCUUCCCUCUCUCUCUCUCUCUCCCUCCCUGUCUUUCUCUCCUUUUCCGUGUUUAUGCUUCACCCUUUCAUAGAUCUGCCUGAAAAAAACCCCUCAAUUCCAAACCCUUGCGAUCCGAUCCAGGUCAAUUAAUUUUUCUCUCUCUCUCUCUCUAGAAUGUCUUCCCAGCGCGCAGAUCUAGCGUGCCGGAUCUUCCCGGAGCCCGAUGCCUCCGAAAUCGACCACUUCGACCGGUUACCGGACUCGCUCCUCCUUUUGGUUUUCAACAAGAUCGGCGACGUCAAAGCCCUAGGCCGCUGCUGCGUCGUCUCGCGCCGCUUCCACUCCCUCGUCCCGCAGGUCGAAAACGUCGUCGUCCGCGUCGACUGCGUCAUAUCCGACGACGACUCCUCUUCCUCCGCCGCCGCCUCCGACAAGUCCCGCGGCCCCUUCUGGAACCUCCUCCGCCUCGUCUUCGGCGGAAUCGUGAAACCCAUCCAAACCCUCGGUCAGUUCCUCGGCCCCAAACGCCCCUCCUCCUCCUCCGUCACGUCCCCUUCCUCCACCACCUCCUCCUCCCCCCUCGCCGUCGGCACCGACGACGACUCCGACGCCGGCGUCACCCACCACUCCCCGACGCAAGUCCUCAAAAACUUCAACGAGAUUCGCCUCCUCCGGAUCGAGCUCCCCAGCGGCGAGCUAGGCAUCGAAGACGGCGUGCUCCUCAAAUGGCGCGCCGAUUUCGGAUCAACUCUCGACAAUUGCGUCAUCCUCGGCGCCUCCUCCGUCUUCCACCCCAAAGACAACCUAACCGACCCCAUCCCCACCACCAAUUGCAACGCAAACGACGACAACGGAAGCAUCCCUGAUUCCUUCUACACCAACGGCGGCCUCAAACUGCGCGUUGUGUGGACCAUCAGUUCCCUCAUCGCUGCCUCCGCCAGGCAUUACUUGCUCCAACCCAUUAUCUCCGAGCACGCCACCCUCGACAACUUGGUGCUCACCGACGCCGAUGGCCAGGGGGUACUUUACAUGAACAGGGAGCAACUCGAGGAGCUGAGGGUGAAGCCGCUCUCGGCCUCGUCGGCGUCGAAGAGGACUCUCGUUCCGGCGCUUAACAUGAGGCUGUGGUACGCGCCGCACUUGGAAUUACCAACUGGGGUUGUGUUGAAGGGUGCCACUCUUGUUGCUAUUAGGCCCAGCGAGCUAUCCCCCAAUACUGCGAAGAAGGAGGCGUCGGAUUUGUCGUGGGUUUCGACGGCGUUUGAGGAGCCGUAUAGGACGGCUGCUACAAUGCUUGUCAAGAGGAGGACUUAUUGCCUUGAGAUGAACUCAUUCUGAUGCGUUUGUGAGAGCAAUUGAAGAAAACCGGAGAAAAGGAUCUUAAUUUUUUGGUUGGAUGAAACUUAGCAUGAUUGGAAACUUGUUGAUAAGGAAUUACAUUUGAGAUGUGGAAGCUAUAGCAAAAUACACUAUUUAGAUGCAUUUCCUUAUGUGCAUUUUGUGUUAUUUUCUUAUCAGAAUUGCAGCCUCAUGUCGGUAAUCCAAGUUAAUAUUUAAUGUAAAUCUUUAUUAUGCAGAUUGCCGAGGUAAAACUCAUCCAAAUCAGAGAAUAACACCAAAAACACUUACAAAACAGCAUCUGGCUUUUUUUUAUAAGCAAUUUGCAAAACUUAUUUUGGAUGGGAAAGGAAUCAAACUAGUCCUAAUUUUGUUUUGGUCUUUUAUGCAAGUUUUUAAUUCAAAGGCUUUUCAUUGUUCCACUUGAGUUUCAUGUUGAUUGUUUUUGUAGUCACUGUCUGAUUCUCUGUCUAUGAUAUAUCUGUCUUGCUUUGGAUCAUUGGAAUGAAGGAUAUAUAGAAUGCCUUUUUGCCAUGUGCUUCUUCCCAGUUAGCUUACCCUGGUUAACCCUUGACUGGACAAUAUUUCACUAGAUCACUAAUUUAGUUCUAAUGUUCUGAUUUUUUUUUUUGUUUAUGUAAUAAGAUUCUUUUAAUUUAGUGUUAUAUUAUUGUUUACUUUUUGAAAGUUUAGAACUCUUACAUAUUUGU